UGCGUCCUGACAACUGUGAAAAGGCUUAUUGGCGAGGCAGGCGAUAACAGCAGAUAUUUUACUCAUUUAAAAUUAGCUGGACUUUAAAAAAAGAUUUUCGGACAAAGUUUGCUUUGGCUGUAUUAAGGAAACUGCCCAGAUGACCGUGAAGAUGCAGAAAGAAAACGAUUUAGACUCAUCAGAGGCUUUGAAGACACGCCAACCAAGCUCCUCUUGUAUCGAAGACGAAGUACAACUACUACUACUAGCAGAAGAAAGUGGCAACGCUGGCGAGGUGCCGCUUAUACAUUUGAAGCCACAAACUGGACGGAAGGCAUCGACCACAGGUUCCAAAACCGUCAAACAGGUCCAGUCUUCAAAUGAUUUUAGUUCCAACAGUAUCCAGUGGUGGGAGGAUGACAAGGAUAACCGCAGGCGCUGGUGGUCCAUACGGAUCAUGUACCUCACCAUGUUCCUCAGCAGCAUGGGAUUUUCGAUUGUUGUGUCUUCAGUGUGGCCUUUCCUGAGAAAGGUAGACCACAGUGCAGACGAGUCGUUCCUUGGCUGGGUGGUGGCUGCCUACAGUCUGGGCCAGCUGGUGGCCUCGCCCGUGUUCGGCGGCUGGGCCAACCUGCGCGACCGGACCAAGGAGCCCCUCCUGGUGUCCAUCGUCAUCAAUGUGGCGGCCAACACCAUGUACAGCUACACCCACGCCUUCCCCCAGCCCAGGGGCGUCUACAUGCUGGUGGCCAGGGCACUGGUCGGCUUCGGGGCAGGAAAUGUCGCAGUAGUGCGUUCCUACGCGGCGGCAGCCACCACCCUGAGCGAGCGCACGUCCACCAUGGCCACCAUGAGCGCCUUCCAGGCCAUCGGCUUCAUUUUGGGGCCAGUGUUACAGACGGCCUUCGUACCGCUGGGUGAGAACGGAAUUGAGUGGAAGGCCAUCCAGCUGUCCAUCAACAUGUACACAGGACCCGGCUUCCUGUCAGCUAUCCUGGGCAUCAUCAACAUCCUGCUACUCAUCUUUGUAUUUAAGGAAUGUAAGGUGGCUGACACGGCUGGGCUGGUGGUCAACAGUCAGGAGAUAGAAAAGUCGGAAGAAGAGGGGACAGUGGACUACUUUGCAGUCAUAGCAACCAACAUCCUGUUCUUUGUCAUCUUGUUUUCCUUUGCCAUUUUUGAAACAAUCACGACCCCCCUGACUAUAGUGAUGUAUGCGUGGACCCAGAGCCAGGCUGUGCUGUACAACGGUGUCAUACUGGGCUGUCUGGCUGUCCAGUCUGUCUGUGUCAUGAUUGCCAUCAGGAUUCUCUCCAAAAGGUUCAAUGAGAAGAGGAUGAUGCUUGUUGCCUUUUUCAUCAUGCUUGGUUCCUUCGUCAUGCUGAUUCCUUAUGGGGACCAGCCAAUUCCCAGGGUCGCAGGAGGUCUCCAUCCCGCAGUAAACAUCACCACUCCAAGUCCACACCCACAGAACAUCACUCACUCCCCCAACGUCACAGUCCUCACCACUCCUGCAGCAACUACGCCCCCUAGGGGCUGUCCCUGGGAGUACAACUGGUGCGACAACACACCCAAACUCUUCAUGGGACAGAUGUUUGCUGGGUUCUUCCUCCUGGGACUUAGCUACCCCACAAGCAACGUGUUAUCGUAUGCGAUGUACUCUAAAAUCCUGGGCCCCAAACCACAGGGCACUUGGAUGGGAUGGCUGACGGCCUCGGGCAGUCUGGCCCGCACCCUGGGGCCCGUCUUUGUUAGCCAGAUCUACACGUACCACGGCCCGCGGAUCGCCUUCGGGGCCGCGGCAGGCAUCGUUCUAGUCGCCAUCUUCUGGCUUAUCGGAGUCUACAGAAGGCUGGUUCCUUAUGUGGAAAGAAAUAAGAUUCUUACUUCAUAUGCUAGUGCAGACUAAUGUAGAUUGUAGUUGUACAAGGCUUGUUCAAUUUUUUAAAAAGCUUUAAAAUUUGUACUUUUGGUACCACUGUUACUAAUAAGGGAUGUGUGCAAUUUUUUAAUUGAUUUUAAACUGUACUCGACUGCAUAUAUUACUUUUGAUUAUGUAAUCAGAAAAUUGUGUAACUUAUAUCGAUAAUUGUUAGAGCUGUACUGAAUGCAUUGCAUAUUAAGUAUAUGAUCAAAGAGGUGUUUUGUAACAUGCAGGGUAUUUUCACAGCAAUCAGUGAGUCAAAACUUGUUUUUAGUAUUUUGGGGUCAGUUUGUAAUAUUGCACAAGAUAACAUCAAGAAGUAUAUAAUAGAUCUAACUUGUAGAUAUUUUAAACUUCUAGUACCUCUCCUUACAGACCACAAUUUUAUGCUGAAUCAGCAAGAUGUACUACUGUAACUCCUGAUUUUUUCAAUGUACUUUUAUGUUCACGGUUUUCACGGUGAUGACUGUAACGUGAACUUAUCAUUACUGAUAACAAAUAAUACAUGAGAAUUUUUCAAUGCCCACCUGUCACCACAGUGAACAGUUCCGAGAACAAGUUAGAUUUUCUCAGACCGUAAAAGUUUGGUACCGAGAAGACGAAGUGAAUUACAGUAUUUUUUUCUACUGCAGCUUUUGAUAAAGGUUGCAUGCAUCCGAAAUUUGGUCCAUGUCUAUUUUGAUAUUCUAUAUUUUCCUGAAACUAUGCAAAUUAUUAUAUCAAACAAAAUCCUCCUGUGAACUGCCAUAUCAUAUUUUUUACAGACCAAUAUUACCUCAAAGGAAAAACUGCAAAAUGUAUGACUGUAUGAUCACUUCACUAGAUAUUAAGCCACUGAAUGUAUUUUACACAUAUUAUGCAGUAAGUUGAUAAUGAUUCGAGCAGGUGGUGGCCGGAACACAAUAUUAUGGAAAGAAAAUGUCUAAAUAAAUCUAUGUAAAUUUGAAUGUAUAUGGUGAACCAAGUGGACUAACAUGUAUUCAUCUACUUAUCCUAGUAGCUAGUGAACAAAAUGGAUAUUUGGAAAACAAUAUUUUGUUAAAUAAUAAAAUAACUACAAGGA